UGGGAUUGGCUGUUGCCAUGGAUACGCUUUGUGUAGACUCUAUGGGCGCUGUCUUACAACGAAGCCGAGGAAUCUCGCUGCUGAGGGUUCUGUGCUUUAUUAUGAAGAAUAAUGGAUGAUGAUGAUGCAAAGCUCAAAGCAGAAAUAGAAGCUGAAUUGGAUAAACUCAGCAUUUCCUCCUUGGAAAAAGAGGACAUUGAGAGUGAUUCAAAAUCAGAAACUCAGAGUGAUGAUAGUGAUACAGAUUCGGUUGAAUUACCAGAAUCAGUUCUUCAUUGUAUUAACAUCAUAAAGAACAGGAGUACAGCUGUUGAAGAGCUCAUUCUUCAGGACCUGGAAGAUACUGAUAUUUUAAGCCAUAGUUAUGGAACAGUUUCUAAUAAUCAUAUGCAUUUAAGGACAGGACUAUCAACUGAAUAUGAAGAAAGCUCAGAGCAAUUAAUUAAGAUAUUAUCUGAAAUAGAAAAAGAAGAAUUUAUGAGAAGUAAAACCAAUUGUGCCAGUCCUGAUUUUGUUCCUGAGCCUAUUCCUCAUGACUUGCCUAUGGAUGAACAUGUUUUACCAGAUGAUGCUGAUAUAAAUUUUGGAUACUGUGAAGUGGAAGAAAAAUGUAGACAGUCUUUUGAGGCUUGGCAAGAGAAACAGAAGGAAUUAGAAGAUAAAGAGAAAGAAACUCUCAAAGCUCAGAGGGAUAGAGAAGAAAAACAAUUUCAAGAAGAAGAAGAAAAGCGACAUUGCUGGAUGAAACAAUUUAAAGUUGAAAAGAAGAAAUUAGAGAAUAUUCAGAAGCAAGAACAGGACAAGAUGAAUGAUGAACUCUAUGAAGAAGAGAAAAUUUGGAAAGAGAAAUUUAAACAGCAUGAGGAGUAUAUUAAAAACUUGCAUUUACAAAUGGAAGAAGAAAGGACAAGAUUUAAAGACCAACAGGAAAAAGAAAAAAAUUGUGUGUUAAAACAGCAGAAUAAUGCAGCUGUUAAAAUUCAAGCUAAAUAUAAAGCAUUUGUAGCCUAUCAAAAAUAUGGCCCAAUUAUUAAAGAGCAAAUUGAAAGUAGGAAAAGGAAAGCACAAGAGUGGAAGGAAAAGGAAGCAAAAAUACGACAGAAGGAGGAAGAAAUUCGAAAAAGAUUAGAGGAAGAACAAAGGAUAAAAGAAGAGAGAAAAAAGCAAAAGGAAGAGGAAAGGAAAAGGAGAGAAAAAGAAUAUGAAGACAAAAAGAAUAUUAUGAAACAAAAAAGAGAGCAAUUAAUAAUCAAGGAAAAUAUAAGAUUAAGAGAGGAUGCAAGCCAACAGCUAAUAAUAAGUAGUGCAUUAAAGAAGAGAGGAUAUAAUAACAAACAUUUAAGUCUUGAAGAUAUUUCAAAUGAUAAGGGUGAUAUAGCCAAAAAUCUAGUGGAUGAAAAUUUAAAGAAGCAGGAAGAUGUUCUCCUUUGGUUAGCUGAGGAAUCAAAUAUGAAAGAAAAUAUAGAUAGACAGACUAUAUUAAAAGAAUCAAUACAAGUACAAUUAAAAGAAUCUAUAUCAAGCCAAACAGUUCUGGCAGAUUUUAAAAUGGAAGAAAAAAAUAAAAACCUAGCAAAAAAACAAUGUUCAGAAGAAUGGGUCAAGCAAGAAAGAAAAUAUGAAAAUGUAAAUAACAAAACUGAAUUGGGAGACUCUGGUCUAAAAGGAAAUCUGAAAGAACAGUUUCCACUGCAAGAAUUAAAGUCUGAUGCACAAAAAGAAGAAAUCAUGAAACAUGUCAUAAAUGAGAAUAUGGGACCAAAAACCCAGAUAAUAUUAGAACAUAACCAAGAAAUCAAUGAAGUGAAAACCAGUGAAGCACAGAAAAUAAUCAAAGAUAAUCAGCAGAAAAAGAUACAAAAAGUAGAAAAAGAAGAGAUACAAGAACAGAAUGGAUUAUUAUACAAAGAUAAGGAUACUUUAAUUAUUUCAAUGAAGCAAAAAUCACUCUCACUAACAUCAGAAAAUUCCGAAGAUGUAGGAGAAAACAUAAUAUUACAAGAAAAAGAAAUUUAUUCAAAAGUCAAGGAAAUUGAGGAGAACCCUAAAGACAAUGCUUGGAAUAGUGGCAUUGUGAUUUUUAACACAACUGAUACCAUGAUAAAUAAAGAAGGCAAAAGAAAUAGCCAAGAUUAUGUGUUAGGUAGACAUGCUCCUUGUGAAGACUUGAGUGAUUGUAAUGCAGAAAGCUCCAUGGUACCUAAAGAAGUAAACUCUCUUAAAUCUGAGAUUAGAAAAAUUUCAGAAAAAUGCCCUGAAAAUGGACCUAAACCUGAAAGCAUGACCUGCUCUGUACCAGAGUCAACACUUCUAUAUUCUAUUGAAGAAAAGAGACUAGCCUGGAUAAAAUCAUUUAAACCUUGGCUUGAAAUUUUCAAGCAAAAUCAACAAAAGAAAAUUGUUAGAAGAAAGAGACCUGUGAAAUGCCCAGCCAACAUGACACCCGCUUUGGAUAAACUGAAAAUUCUUCGAUGUGGCCCUUGGGCUACUUUACAGCAGGUUACAACAGUUACAUUUCAAGAUUUGCCAGGCUGUGUUCUUUCUACACUGGCAGAGUGUACAAAUCUUCAGUUUCUAUCCCUUCAACGUUGUGGAUUAACUUCUUUGCACAGCCUGAGUAAUUGUAAAAAUCUUAAGUACAUUGAUGCACAGGAAAACCGUAUUGAGGCUAUUGACUGUGAAAAUUUGGAAAAUCUCUGUGUUGUUCUUCUUAAUAAAAAUCAACUGACUUCUCUUCAUGGUUUGGAGGGCUGCACUAAUAUUCAAUGUCUUGAACUUUCACAUAACAAAAUUACUCGAAUUGGAUAUUCCUUCUUUCUGGAAGAAAACCUUGUUGACAAUACAGAGGGUCUGCCAUCACUUGGGCACCUCUACUUCUUAUCCCUUGCACAAGUCUGGAUUCCAACUGGAUUAUGUUGGUCCCAGAUACCUAUUACCUCAGUUACAAAAAAUUCAGAUUGUAAUUUCCUUAUCUCCCACUUACACUGG